UAGGUUAGGUGGGAGACGUAAACAAUUCCCUAAAGUAAAUUCAUUUAUUCUUUCUAUUGUUAUAUUAUGAAUAUAACAAUAAUGUGGUAAAUAUAUCAAAAUUUUAUGUUCAUUUAAAAAUUAAUAUCGUGACUUGAUUGGGAAAUUUCUUUUUUUAACGAGAAACACCACAUUUGAAUAUACAAAAAUGAAAAAGUGUUGCAUGUGUGGUAUUUCAAACAAGAAGGAAAGUAAUCGUACAUUUCACAAAUUUCCUUUAAAUGAUUCUUUUGUUCUUGAACAAUGGCUUCAAAAUUUGAAUUUAAAAAAUUUCAUACCAAAGAAAGAGGACAUUUUAUGCUCAGAUCAUUUUACUAAUGAUUGUUUCGAUGUAAGUACAUUUCGAACGAGACUGAAAAAAAAGGCUAUUCCAACAAUUCGUACAAUUUCUGGUUCGCAUUGUGUGUCCUGCAAAAGAAAGAGAACACUUCAAACGAAAUGCUCGUUUUUCCAUUUUCCAUUAGACAAUCCGGAGCUUCUUCAAAAAUGGUUAGAGAAUUUAGAAUUGAAAAAUUGGCAACCAACAGUUGAUAGUGUAGUGUGUAAGAGACAUUUUGAUAAAUUCUCUUUCAAUGAGCGAGAGGUGGGAGAACGUUUAAAAUUAUUAGAAGGAAGUGUACCGUCAAAAUUAAAUAACACUCCAAAACCAGAAAAUAAUUCAAAAGGAUAUGUUACAUGUGUUAAAACUGAAAAAUUAAUGGACAUUGUACAAGAAGAAUCGAUUGACGGGGAAAAAUCACCAAGUGGAUCGCCAGUUUUAAAAUCACGUAAACUCGUUGAUCAUGAUCAUAAAUAUGAGCUUUCACCGCGAACAUUACGACGAGGUAUGGAAAUAUAUGAAGAAAAAUUAAAAGCCAAGGAAAUUGAGAAUAAAGAGAAAAAUCGUCAAAUUAUUGAAUUAAAACAAAAAGUUGCUUCCUUGACGGAAAUAAUUAAAAAAUUAAAAUCAUAUGAAAAUAUUUCUCAAAAUCUAAAUAAUUCUGAGGAAUCUAUUAAAAAUAAUGUCAGUAAAUAUUUAUGGGAGAAUAUAUUGGAAAAUGGUAACAAUCACAACGGCCUUUCUCAAUCAUCUUUAGUAGAAAAACAAACUGUAAUUCUUCCACUAGAGGAAGAACAAGAUGUUAAUUAUUUACUUGUUUGUCAAGAAUUGAAUUUUGAUCCACUUGCAGUAGAAUCACAGAAUCAAUUACAGGUUACAGUAAAGCGACCAAGCACAUCUAAAAAUAAUGAUUGUUUUGAGACAAUAACAUUAGACGAAAAUAAUUCUGAUGUUCAAUUGAAUAUUUUAGAAGAAUCUAAAACAGAGGAUAUUAAUGAAAAUAUUUUCAGAAAUAUGAAUACCCUUGAUUUGACUGCUCUUUUAAAAAAGACUAUAACUGGACAGAAAAUUUUAAAUAAAUAUCAAGAAAAAGCUUUACCAGGCAAAAUUCGAAAAGUUCUUGUCGAUUUAAUUAUUCGAUCAUUGAUGGAAAUUCCAAUAUCAAGUGAUGGUAAUAUUAAAAUGCCAGAAUUAAAAAAUCAUCACUUUCUUAUUUUGACUAAAAAAUUUUGUGCUAUUUUCAAAAAAGAAGCUCCAGAUUCAUAUUUCAUUCCGCCAAAGACAGAAGGAAAAAAUCAAACAAUAUCACGUGGAAAAUUUGUCGAUAAAUAUAGAAAUUUGAGAACAACACAAAAAGAAUUGGGAUUUUUCGAUUCAAAAAAUUCUGAUCAUGAAGAAGAUGAAUCUGACAUUAACGAUAUCAGUUCUAGUUCUAAGGAACACGUUAAUUGGUUACUCAAUAAUGAUGGGCCUUGGUCAAGUGUUCUCAUUCAUUGGCAAUUGAGUGUGAAAAUUCGACAAUCAGAAUUUAAACGUCCUUCCGAAACUCUCAAAGUUAUUUUUGAUAAAUAUUCCAUUUUAAAACAACCCUUGGGAUACGAAUUGAUUGAAAGCGAUUUUAAAUAUGAAAUUGGUAGAGAAGGAAUUUUAGAUAUACAUUGGCCGAUUUUAUCGAAAAAAAUUUACACAUUAAUGAAAUCUGAAAUUAAAGACAAGGCAGCUAAAGAAUUACUUGAAACACUCUCAUCUGGAAAUAUUUCCGAAGGUGAAAGAGACCUGAAAUUAUUAAUGGUUUUACCAGCCCUAUGUCCACCAAUCUGUAAAAUUAGAAAAGCGAAAACAGUGUGGAAGCCAACAAUUGAAGAGGCACGAGCGUCUUUUAUUUUGCAUGUAAAGUCUCCCGAUGAUAUUGAUGAAGAAAUCAAAAAAAUGAGAGAAAAAUUGUCAAAUUUUAAUAUGUCACUUCAGCCGUUAAUAAUCGUUGUUGGAGAAAAUUUAUCUGUAGUUAAUAGAUUUUAUGUGAAUAUAGAUGACACAAGAUAUAGUUUUCAAAGUAUUUUACAAGCUCUGGAUUUAUGUUUCAAAAGUUUUCACGUUUUACACACCGAAUAUCCAAAGCCAAGUGAACCAGUUUGGUUAUUUCUUCAAAAAUCAAUAUAUUCUAUAACAACAAAAUGGGAUAAAAAAUUUUCUUGCGUUGCAUCACUUCUUAGUGCAAUAGAAAAUAUGUAAAAAAAAAAAGAGUAAUUUCUGUAUUUAUUUUUAAUUGUACCGAAAUAGCAAGACGGAAAAUUACAAUUUUAAUAUAGAUUGAGUCAUUUUAUAUAAUAGUAUACCAAAUAUACUAAAAUUGUUAUUAUUAUUUAUUAUUAUUAAAAAAAAAAGAAAUAAUUUUACAUUAUUUUGUCAUUGAAUUUUUUUCAUUAAACAAAGAAUGAUUGAUUCAUAUAUUAAAAUUUUUUGAUAUGGAAAAUAUUUUCUACUGUUUAUACUAAUGAUAUUAAAUAAGUUAAUUGUCUUUGAAAAUAUUAUUAAUUUACAGUUUUUUUCUUUUUUUAAAAAAGAGAGAGAGACAGAAUUUUAAAGCCGUUUAGGCAAAAAUUUGUGAUAUUAUACCGAUAGUUUAAAUAAAAAUACUGUAUUCACUA